GCCUGCGCUGUUCCGGCUCGCCCCGUGUUUAUGUUAGUGUGUGUGUGUAGUGUGUGUGGUGUAUGUUGGUGUGUGUGUGUCUCAGUCUCCUCUACCGGACGGGUUUACUGCGUUUUUUGCGAUUCCGAUCCGCUGAAGCCCGCAUGGCCGCGGCAGCGCCCAACCCGGAGGAGUCGAACCGGAGCGGGACCGCAGGCGGGGUCGGCGCGGGAGGUUCCAGCUCGGCCACGGCGGCCGCGGCGGCGCUGUCUGGAGAUGGAGACUCUGAGGAGGCCGAGGAGUUCUCCUCUGCCACCCACUGCUCAGAGCUCUCCCGCCGGCAGAACGAGCAGAGGAAGCUCGGCCUCUUCUGCGACGUGACGCUGGUGUUCAGCGGCGGCGGAGGAGACCAUGUCUCAGGUGGUGGAGGAGGUGGUGGUGCUGUGAUCCCUCACAGCUUUGAGCUGUGUGCCCACCGGUCUGUCCUGGCAGCAGCCACCGACUACUUCACCCCGCUGCUGGGUGGCCAGUUCUCCGAAUCAGUGUCCCGCCGGGUGGAGAUGAAAGAGUGGAGCAGUGAGGCAGGGCCUGAGAGGGACACGGUAGAAAGUGUAGUGCAGUUCAUGUACACCGGAGAGAUCAGAGUCAGCACGGCCAACGUGCACGAAGUGCUGGAGCUAGCAGACAGGUUCCUUUUGGUGCAGCUGAAGGAAUUCUGCGGUGAGUUCCUGAAAAGAAAGCUGAGCCUGGCCAACUGCGUGGCCGUCCACAGCCUGGCACACAUGUACACUCUAGACCAGCUAGCCUUGCGGGCUGCCGACAUGAUCCGUCGCAACUUCCACAAGGUCAUCCAGGACGAGGAGUUUUACACGCUGCCAUUCCACCUGGUCCGGGACUGGCUGUCGGAUGCCGAGAUCACAGUGGACUCGGAGGAGGUUCUGUUCGACGCCGUGGUGAAGUGGGUGCAGAAGAACGCAGAAGAGCGGGAGAAGUACUUUGAGGAGCUUUUCCGCCUCCUGAGGCUGCCGCAGAUAAAGCCCACUUACCUGACGAGGGUAGUGAAGAACGAGCCACUUGUGGCACAGAACCCCGCCUGCCUUCAGCUAGUGUCUGAUGCAGUGGAAGGCCAUGCCAUUCGCUUUGAGAACCUCAAGUCAGCUGAUACAGAAUUCUGGGCGUCCUACAUGGCCGCCUUCCAGCCCAGGUUUGGCCAGAACAUGGAUGUCAUCAUGGUUGUUGGUGGCGUUUCCGAAGGAGGUGACUACCUCAGUGAGUGUGUGGGCUACUUUGUGUAUGAGGAUCGUUGGGUCAAUCUUCCACAUAUUCACAAUCACCUGGAUGGUCAUGCUAUUGCAGCCACCGAUUCACACGUGUACGUGGCAGGCUCCAUGGAACCAGGAUUUGCCAAGACGGUGGAACGGUACAAUCCAAAUCGUAAUACCUGGGAGCAGGUGAGCAACCUCACCACACGCAAGCACUCCUUUGGGCUCACUUGCAUCAAGAACAUCCUCUACAGCAUCGGCGGCCAUGGCAACUUCAGUCCUGGGUUCAAGGAUGUGAGUGUAUAUGAGCCAGAACAGGACAAGUGGCAUAACUUGGAGUCUGCACCCAAGAUCCUGAGGGAUGUCAAAGCAAUCAGUGUGGAAGACCGCUACGUUUACGUGACUGCACGGACCCCUGUGGACACUGACAACGAUGACGGCCUGAAGACGGUCACCACGCGCUACGACACCGACAGCCGGCAGUGGCAGGAAGUCGACUCCCUCCCUCUAAUCGAUAACUACUGCCUCUUCCAGAUGGCCGUCGCUUCCACCAACUUCUACCACACGGCCUCCUGCUGCCCCAGGAGCUACGCCAACAUCCGUGACGAAGUGGCCCGACAGAAAAUUAGCGCCAGAAUCUCUGACGAUAUCCUUGAGAGCCUUCCGCCAGAGGUGACUAGCAUCGAGGGGGCUGCGAUCUGUUAUCUCGGCGACGACGUGUUUGUGAUUGGUGGCUGGAAGAAUAGUGACGACGUGGAUAAGCAGUACCGCAAAGAGGCUUACCGCUACUGUGCUGAGAGAAAGCGCUGGAUGCUCCUGCCCCCCAUGCCCCAGCCACGCUGCCGGGCAACUGCCUGCCAUGUCCGCAUUCCCUACCGCUUCCUGUAUGGCUGCCAGCGUUACCCUAUGCCCCAGAAUCUGGCACGACAGCGGGACCGCAUGCAGCAGAUGCAGCAGCUACACCGACGCACGCUAACCUUGCGCCGGCAGCUGCAGUCCCAGAUCGAAUGCUAGCAAUCCUCCAGGCCACCGAGGGGUUGACUCCAAACGAGCUCCCGAAGAUGCCGAAAGCGCAAUGACAUUCCGCCACUGACAUGGCCCCAUAUGUUCUUAUUUCAUUGUAUAUAUGUUAUUUGUAUGUUUUUUGGUCCAGUGUUUGCUUUAGAGGAAGUUAAGCAGCCAAGGAUUGUAAAAGAGAGUAUUUUGAAUGUUUAUAUUGGAAUCGUAUCAUGAUGUACAGAAAGGACGUUGUCACUGCAUCUUCAAGUAUAUUGUUCAAUCGUACUUGUUUCCUUUCCUACUUGUGUUAACUGAAGCAUUGCUUCAUGGCCUUGCUUACAUUUUGCCUUAAUUUUGCUGCUGGCAGUCCUGAGGCACUGCAAAAUAUCAUUCCGUCUAUGAACGUCUUUGAACGUAUCAUCCUGCACUGUGAAGGUGGCCUGUGAAGACAGUCCAUUUGGAAACAAUUGGCCACGUCUAACCUGGUCUUAAUGUGGUUCACCACGUGUUUGACAAUGAUGCUUGGUUUCGGUACAAUCUCGCUUCAAAUUUGGUGCAGGGGAUCUGGUUCCAUGCACCACACAAUGAAAGAAGCAAUUUUUUCGAAAGCUUCACCACAUCUGGGUUUAUUUCCUGUGCUUUGAAACGUUUUCCAGAUUCAAUUGACCUGCUAUCUGUCCAGGUGACUUACUUUUCCUAAAAUCGUGGCUUUCGCUGUCAUCAGUCUUCAAUUCAGUCAGUCAUGGCUUUGCUUGGCCAGUUUAGUGGAGCUGGGUGAAUGUUCUUUUGCAUGUUAAGUUUGAUGAUGCUGCGAUACCAGUUUUGAAAAGUUGCUAGCUUUCUCCCUCUCUCUCCAGUGGUUGAGCUAGUAUGCAAAAGGGGAGACAAUUAGCGAUAAGCCGCAAAAGAAAAGAAUGCAUGGGGGGGGGGGGGGGGGGUUUAAUUGCAUUAUGAGUUGGUGAGGUUAGGUUGUUAUUUUUGUUACUGACACUUUCCUUUAUGUAGCACUGUCUUGCACUUGAAGAGUCAGUUCAUAUUGGCGUCUCUUGCAUUUCGGGGUGUUGUUGAGGUUUCGGUUGUUUGGGUUUCUCCUCGAUCCGUGGGCUCUGCACUAGUGGGAACAUCGCAACGGGGUCCUCCUCUUGUCUUUAAGGUAUAGUUCAGUGAAUAAUCCGAUGUGCACAGUUUUUACCCAAAUGUAGUUGAUCAGCCAAGUAGGUCUGGAUCAAAUAUUAGUUUCACUUGAGCUCACUAACACUGCUGCCGUCGUUGUUGUACUUUAAAAUAUCCAGUAUUUCAACUAUGACGUUUGAUUUGUUUCGAUAUGCUCAAACUGGGAUUAUGUGCUAGCUGUUGUGCAUGGCUGACACGGUUUCAUUUCUGAAGACUGCAAGCUAAAGGCUGCACAACUAUUAACAACAAAAAGAAAGACGGUGCGUCCUGGUUCUUAAAUCAAAGCUUAUAACCAGACGAAGCAAUUGUUCACAAAAUGUAGGGCUGGUCCAAACAGCAUUUUACAGGCUUUGAACACUUGUUGGUUUUUCUGAAUUCUCGAAAUAACCUUUAAAAACAUACAUUUCAUAACUAAUUCAUACUAACUAAUUCUUAGCAUGUUUGUUUUUGCAGUUCACAAUGUGUCCAGUAGGUGGCAACAGUGCAUUAACAGUCUUGCUGGAGCUGAGCUGCUCGUGUACCAUGUGUUGCUGUGAUAGAAUCCACUCAUUGAAAGAGAGAUUUUAUGAGUCACUUCAUUUGUAUAUUAUUUAAGUUGCUUUUUAUUGAGUUAUUUAACUUGGCUAGCUCACUUGUUUUAGGAUGGAAAGCGGCACUGAGGGCGACACACAGGCCGAGCCGUGUUCGGUCAUAGCCUCUCGUUCCAUGGCCUGUAGAGCCGAUGCCUAGAGUGGCUAGACUGAGCAAACUGUGUACAUUUGAUUGUUCACUGAACUCCCUUUAAUCAGUAGUAGUACAAGCACUUAAAGGAAAAAAGUUGUGUAGUUGUUUUAGCAGCGGUUGGGGAAGCUGACACUCUUUCUUUCUUCUUUCUUUCUUUCGUCUACCUCAAGGCACAUGAAAUAAUAUUUGGACAUUGUGCAGUCAAGUUCUACAUGUUAGACCUUUUCUUAACUGUACAAUCCUGAUGCUUCACUUCCUCAGUGAUGGGUCAUGUUUUCUCCCACUACAAACCCCAUACAGAUCAUUCCGUGUCUGUUAGUCAGACGUCUUCAGACUGUGACGGCUUACUGAGCUUCGUGUUAACCAGCUGAGAAAAUACCUCAUCCUGUUAUUAUCCUCUUUUAUAAUAUAACACGUCUUAUUUUACUUGAUGAUACAUUUCUAUUGUUUUCCCAGACCAAGAUCACAGGGGAAUUACGCUGAUUUUUCAAGAUUUCUGCGUCUUUCAGUUGUUGAGAUGUAAAUCCUUCAGAGUGGGUUGAUGUGCAGUAGUUCCUUGUAGAGAGAAGUUCAGACUCGGAUUGUUUUGCAGUGGUGUUGUGAUGUUUACAGCACAAAUAUAGACAUUUACUUAUUUUCCUAAAUGACCAGUGAACUUGCGUAUUUAUACAAAAUGUUUUCUGGGGAGAAAAGUGUUUUUAGGCCUUACAACACUCUGGAGAGGCAUUAACCUCUUUGGAUGUCUGGCACCAACACUGAACGUUCUGGCUCUGUAAGUUUCUCUAGAACAGCGCGUUUCACAGUAAACCACGCUGACUUUACAUCUUAACUAUUUCAUUACGCAGAAAUUUUGAACAAUUGUUGAAUUCUCCUGUAAGUCUAAGCCUAGUCUAACAGUGGGACCACAUUGUUAGUCCAGGAUUAGGCUUAAUCCAUGUCUGGGGAAUUUGACUAUGUUUGUUACACAACACAAUGCCGAGAUGAACCGCAGUCGUACAUUCCACAUUUCGCUCUUUGGCUGGUUUGUGUGAGCUUCUUCCUAAAGCCACUUAGUAGCUCUAUUUACACUUUAUUUCAUUCCUACUUUGCUUUCAGUUUUAUUUCAGACAUUGUGUUUUUUUUUUUAAAGUAGGAAUAUCUUCAAAAGCACAUACUACACAUUUUGAGAACUUUAUUUGUUGUCAUUUUCUUGGGUAUUUUUAUUUUUUAUUCCCAUAGAACUGUGUGUUGUCUGGUUUUGAUGUGUGCGAGUCAGUGACUGUGACUUUGUGGAGCUUCUGAAUGAACCUCAGUCUGACUUUAAAGAGCAGCUGAACUCCUCGACCUUCUGAUGUUUGCUUGAAAAACUUAUUCCGCCAUCAAUCCGUGCAGAAGUCUUAUAUAUAUAUAUAUAUAUAUACACGUAUCUUUAACUGAACUGAUGCUGUUAUGCAGUGGUGUCAUGUGACUACAGUUCAUAGAAAUAGAAUUGUACAUGCAGUGCUGCCACCUAGAGGUCUAGUCUCAGUCCUACACGGAGCAUUUCACAGUUCAGCUCCACCACCAAGCUUGUGGGGCAGAUACUGGACGUAUAUUAGUCCGCUGCGUCUAGUUUAUGCUUUUGAUUUACAUGCUAGAAACUGGAAUUUGUGUCCGUCUGCUGCUGAAGUGAGUGAGCCCAAAGAUAAUGAACUCCUUCAUUCCUUCCUGUGAGGAAAAUCGAGGUGUGUGUGAAUGUGUGAGUGGCUGAAAGUAUCAGAGGUGUAUAGAUGUAAAGAGAAAGGGAAUUGCCACCCCACCCCUUUCUCCUUGCUCAAGCUCUUGUAAAGUAAUUUAAAGUCUUUAAAUGGCAUAUUAUUAUAUAUUUUGCUUUGCAUGUAUUAUCAGGUUAUGCACAGCAAGAUGUGGAUUGCGAUGAUUUGCAAUAAAACACAUUUCUUAAAUUCA